AUUCUUCACUAAAUUAAAGGCAUUUAGAUUUUUUUAGUGUAUUAAAUAUCGGUGGAUCUUAUGUUAAAGUGUGGAAAUGCUUGUCAUGUAUGAUAAUCUUUGAGUUUUGGAGGAAGAAACAGGACAGAACUUUUUAUGUGUUUGCAUGGCAGGCUGCAGUUCCCCCUGUGGCCGGCCGGCGGCGCUGUUUCCAAAGUUGGCGAACUGCCUGUAUUUGGUUGAAGGACUAUGUUGUAAAAAUCUUUCAAACUGUUAAUUUUCGGAGUUUUCGCGACUCCUCCGCAGGAGUGCUCGGUGGGUUCGGGGCCGGCGUGACCGCCUCUUCCCGGGGACAGGCGGACCUUCCCGCCUCGGACCGUGUGGCGCGGGUGCUUAGCGGUUUUCUGAUCUCUGGAGGUUUUUGCUGUUAGCUCCGCAGCUAAUCCUAAAAGUCGCAUCAGCUGUGCGGAUUAAAAGUUUCCCCACAAAGCCAGGCCCAGGAGGAGGCUCUGCUGGGCACAUUUAGGGAACUUUAUCGCGGCUGUUGCUGCGUAUUUUUCGCGGUUUUACGCAGUCGUAAAAAAUAACGUUAGCGGCGCAGCAAGUGAAGCCAGCUGCGGGUCAUAAAUGUCGCCGUGGCCCGCAGUCACACGCGGAUAAUAAGGUUUUCGUGAGGAGAUGCGAUAAAGAAAGGCGAGCUUCGCUGUUCUGCCCGCUGACUCGGCGGCUCUGGGCUUGCUGCUAGCGAGGCCUGCGGGUCGGGCUUCCACCGGGCUCGAGUAGAGCCCAUAGCCGCCGUCAAGCGGUUGAAGGCCGGCAGACGGCGCAGCCGCAGUCGGGCCUGUGGACCAAAGUAUGGAACGGAUGGAAGUGGACCAGUGCGCAGGCGCAGGAGGCGGGGCACUUCGCAGGUCGAACAGCGCCCCCAUGAUCACGAGUGUCAGUGACGGGAUGACGGUCUUCAGUCCCGUGUCCUCGGCUCGGUACAGACGCAGCAGCAUCUCCAUCAACCCCAGCUGUCCCUCGCAGCUCGUCCCUCUGUCUCCUUUCUCUCUGACCGGAUACAGACUCGACCACAAGAGGCAGGAGGAGAACACAGAGAUGACACUCAGAGGGACUCUGCAGAGACUCGGUCCUUCCAGUCUGGUCCCAGUUCCUCCAGUCAGCCAGUGGCACAACCACACAUCAGUGUGGUUUCCGUCACACGACAGCGGCGUCACGCCCAACUCAUCCCCAAGUCCUACCAGGAGGUUCAGACCUGCGGUCAGCACCACGGUGAGGUGGCCGGCGUUGACUCCGCUGAAGAGGAAAGGGGGGGUGGAGUCAGAUGGACCCCCAAAGAAGCUCUUUGUUGCUGGGGUGACAGACCCCACCCACCACAGCAGCUACACAGUUAGCGUCUCUCAGUCAGCGGCAGACUCUCCUCCUGUGGGAGGGUCCAUUCCUCAGUCCCACCCCCUGUCUCUCUCGCCCCCACCCUCCUUCACCCCCUUCACCUCCCACCAGCACCCUGGACACUAAAGACCACCUCACCUCCAGUCCCGACCCCGUCACAGUGGGCGCAGACCGACCGUCAGCAGCUGGAGGAACUUCAACCUUCAUCACAUCGUAAAUCUGUUCCAGUCAUCCACCAGUGUCCCUGUAAGCCCCGCCUCUGUAGAUUUCCAGCUGUCCCCAUUGGCUGAUUGAAGAUUCAUCUCCACAAUCAUGUCACUUUGUGGCUCCGCCCCAUAUGCAGGCCACAACCACUGCCAUCAAACAGUGCCGAGAGGACUCGACAUCAGUGACAUCAUGAAGUAAACUCGGGAAACUUUGUAGAAGGUCUGAAGACACGCUGGUUGUGUAAUCGGGCUGAAACUUGGAGUGAAGGGGAUUGUGGGUAAUCCUUACGUGAACAUCCAGCAGAAAUUAGGACUGAAGAAGAAAGAGGAAAAGCCAGAGGAUGUCCCAUUCUUUGGCUUCCUUUCUUUAAAAACACGUUGAAGAGUUCCUUUGGAUCCUGAGACGGAUCUCGGCUCGUGGAAGGGUGAAACCUCGGGGCUCCUGUCCAAACGGACCAAUCGGCUGAUGCUGUUCACGAAGUUCCUGUUUCUCUGUGGUUUAUUAUUGAGAUAGUUCAAAUGAGGUCCUGAGUUGUAUUCAGGACUUAAACGCAGACCGCUGCCCGGACGGUCUUUGGAGGCACUUCAGGAACAUUUGAAUUCCUCUUCAAUCGACGGGAUUGGAAUCAAACUUGGAAACUUCAGCAGAACUUUUGUUUCCUGAAGUUGCUUUUGUAAAAUCUCAGAAAUCUUUCUGUAAGGAAGACAUAGAAAUGAUGAGGUUUAUUUAGACAAGAGGAAUUCAUGAGUGUUCAUGAUCAUCUGGACUCACAGCACUUCAUCGAAUCAAGGAUCAUUCCCAAUCCCAAAACCACUUGAAGGCGGGCUGAAGCUCUGCCUCUGAACAAAACGUCAGCCUUCGAAGACUUUUUGUGUUUUAAUGAAAACUUCCAGUUAUGGAUGAGAUGGAUCCUUCUGGUUUUGUCAGAUCUCAGUUGGAGAUUUCGUCACCGGAUACGAGGCCGUUUUUUAAGCCAGUCUCCAGUAAGAGUAGAGGUGGUUUCUUGUUAAUAGUGUAUCUAUAUGUGAAUACUUUGAGCAGCUGGUGUGCGCUGACCUUCCUUCGGCCUGCAGGGUUUGAUUGUACAUAUUGAACCUGCAGAAAGAAACCGUGCUCUUCCUCCUCUGAGAUACAUUUAUGAUUGAACUCGUUCAACCCACUAAAGUUAUUUUGCUUGAGACCUGACCUACAGAGAGUUUAGAGUAUUGAGUGCUUCCUGAGGCCGUUUGACGGGGGAAGGUAGACUGUGCAGGUACAGGCCCCCAUAAAGAGAGGGGCCGGUCAGUUCUUCAGUGUUAGCAGCAUUCAGUUACAUGAAAGGAUUAUUUUAUGGAGAAAGCUCACUGACACCAAAGCAAACAGUUACCAACAUCAGUUCACUUGAUGUGGUUUUGGAUGUAUGUGCCGUGUGGUGUUACCAUGGAGUAUUAUCCUCGUGGUGCAGCAGUCGUAACGCCGGCCUGCAGUGUGAACAGUUGUAUGUGCUGCUGAAGGCUCGCCGUGCUGAAGGACCCGUCGAGGCUCCAUAAGGUUCAAAGUUCACGCCGCAUGUCAGUGAGCAGGUUUGUGCCGUAAGAAUAUUCCUGCUGGAAGCACCAAUUCACCGGUCUGGAUAUAAUGAUGUUCCUGUGAUGAUGUGAGCACAAAGCUGAGGUCAGGUCAGGGGUCAGAGGUCGGAGGCGGUGCUUUAUGUGGUCGAGCUGCAGUUCUGCUUCCAGCGUUUGCACAGUGUUGUAUAGUUUCCUACGAUCACUCAUCGUGCCUGAACAUGUCUUCAUUUGGGAGGAGCGGCGGUCGGGUCAAAGGUCAGGCCUGAGGUUUCAGUGAGACGUGUUUGUAAAUAGAGUCUCUAUAAGCUCUUUGAUGAAGUGUCUUUAUUCCCAGUUAAAGAGAAAGACCCGCUGAACGUUGGUCGCCAUCGGCGACGCAGACACAAAAGCUUUGUAGUUUUUUUUAGAGGCAGAUUUUUUUUGCCGUCACCACUUUGCACAGUUUGACCAUUUUAUCGUCCUUUCAUUCAGAGACUGAUGACAUAACCUCGUGGAAGGAGUGCUGUCCAGUUCUGCUGCUUUUUCUGUUCUUGCUUUAUUGUCACGACUCUGAGUCUGUCCUGUUCCAGACGAACGCGCUCUCACAUGGCGGCUCAGGGUUCGUGAGCAGGCCCACACCAAAGUCUUCACCUGCUAAAAUGUCUAAAAGGAAAAAAAAACUAUUAUUUCAAUUUUUAAAAAAGCAAAACGUGUCAAAAAAGAUUUAAAUCAGACAUUUAAUGAUUCUUCUGCAGCGUUUUUCAUGCAGUUUGUCUGAAUCAGGAUUCAUUUCCAGUUUGAAGCGUUUGAAGCAGGACAGACUUUCCUCAGAGGUCACGACACGCUGCCAAAUUCUAGUCGCUGUACAGACAGACCGUAGCUUUAAGACAACUUCCUGUGUGUGUGUGUGUGUGUGUGUGUGUGUGAGUGAGUGAGUGAGUAAGAUAAACUUUGCACAAACGCCAUCCCAUGCUGUCAGUAGCUCUGUAGAGAGGUGGUGUUAUGUAGCGGGACAGAAAUGUGACGGACUCGGGUUUAAACGUCUUUGGUGUUUCAUUGUCGAGACUCUCGUCCUGCAGGUGUCUGAAGUCCAAAAUCAUGUUUUUAUUUUUAUAUGUGAUGCACGUGUCCAGUGUGAUUGGAGGUUUUCGUGUUUGACAUGAAGCUUUUAUCCGUUACAGCCCGACACAGACAGAUUUUUAUGCAGAGGCGAGGCUGUGAGCGCUGUCCUCAGAGAGGUAUUUGCUGAAAGUUUUUCAGUAUUAAAGGAGUAUUUCACUCUGGCAGAGCGCCGAGAGUCAAACGUCAGAAAUGACCCUGGGGGGGCCCCGUAGUUCCCCCGCCUCCAUCACACUGUAGAGUUUCAGUUUGACAGCAGCUCAGGUCCAGUUCGCUCAGGCUUCACCUUCAUCUGAGUCUCCAUCAGUGGAUGGAGUCCUCUGAGUUCCAACAAACAAAACAGCCUGUGUGGAAAUAAUGUUUUGGCUCAGCCUGACACCACAGCGCCACCUUCAGGGCCCAAACAAACUACACCCUAACUACUGGGUUUUCAAACUGCAGAGGUGUCGCCUGUGAUCAUGUGACCAAGACUUCCCUCGUAAGUCACAUGGUAACAGCUGGCUGAUACCUGUGUUUCAGUAAACAGGCUCCGCCUCCAUGAACAUCAUGAGCCGAGAGCGACCUUCAGCUGGUUUUGUUUUUACUCGCACGCUCAUCAGCAACAUGAAAUAUUUCACUUUUUAAUGAAGAUAAAAGCCUGUUUUUAUUUUUCUGAAAUUAUGAAAGUCGGCGAAGGACCAGAGUGAGAUACGACUUUAACAAAAGGGCUGCUAAGAGUUUUAUUGUUGAGGACAAAGGGAACUAAAAGCACAUCAGUCACACGUUCACGUGUAAAUACUUGGACUUCUCUACGCGACACGGAUGAGACGAUGUAUUUUUAUGCAACUGAAACAUUAAAGUCUAUAUUCAAGUGUUCAUUCCCUCGAGACGAUCUCACGGCUGUACGAGAAAAAGAACGACUUUUUAGUGGAAACUGUUCAUGUACACACUAUAAAUAUAUAUAUUAUAUUGUAUAUGAAAAAUACCAAUAAAAGAACGUCUGUACCUUCA